CAACGCAGAGUCCUUCUCCCCCGGUCGAUGAAGGAGACAUCGCGUUGGCCAUGGCAGUGUCUGCCUCAGAGGCCCGAAGGCGUGAGGAGCUCAUGAUUGCUCAGGAGGAGGAAGAGCUGGCAAAGGCUUUAGAGGAAUCUCGAUUGUACACUUCUACGUAUUCACAUCGUUCUUCUUCCCCGAGGAGCAAUGAUGGUUCUCCCUCGCAAUCACGCAGAUCAUCGGGACCAUCACAUGCACAGCGUCUGAGCCCGGUCGUCACCCCUCCACAUCCUCCAGAAGGCGAAAGCUGGCUACAUCUCGUGACACCAACAGGUUCCAUAAACUUUGAAGAUGAACAAGCUGCUACUGACGAACCUUCAUCACAAGAGGG